UUUCAUUUCAAAAAUUAAAUUUUAGUCCUUAAAUUUUAAUGAUCGGCGUAAACUGAGAGUGCCGGUACAAUCUGUGCAUUGUUUUGGAUCGCGGGAAGCAUUUAGAGAGAAUUGUGCUCGAUGAACGCGCGACGGAGGUAUUCGCCGGGGACUGGGAACGGAGGAGGCGACGGUUACGGCGGGGGUGGCUUUCAAUCCAACCAUAAUUCCCGCGGCGGUUACCGUCAGGGUAGGAACCCUUAUUACCAGUAUGGGCAGCAGCACUACCCUUCUCAGCCUCAGCAGUAUGGUAAACGGAGCUUGCAGAAUGAGCCGCACCAACAACAGCAGCAAUGGUUGCGCCGGAACGCUAGUGGAGCUCCGCCGGAGUCAAGUUACAAUGAGGUUAGGAAAACUAUCCACUCCGACGGGAUUGAUUCGAGCUCUAAUGUUUGGAAGGCUCGCCUAAAUAUUCCACCGCCUGACACUCGGUAUAGGACUGAGGAUGUGACUGCAACCAAAGGAAAUGAGUUUGAAGAUUACUUCUUGAAGCGUGAGCUACUCAUGGGGAUUUAUGAGAAGGGAUUUGAAAGGCCUUCUCCCAUCCAGGAGGAGAGUAUACCUAUUGCACUCACUGGGAGUGAUAUUCUUGCUAGAGCUAAAAAUGGAACUGGCAAAACAGCUUCCUUCUGUAUUCCUGCACUGGAAAAAAUUGAUCCAGACAACAAUGUCAUUCAAGUGGUUAUACUUGUCCCAACAAGAGAGUUAGCACUUCAGACAUCUCAGGUUUGUAAGGAAUUAGGCAAGCACUUGAAGAUACAGGUAAUGGUCAGUACAGGAGGAACAAGUUUGAAAGAUGAUAUCAUGCGUUUGUAUCAACCUGUCCAUUUACUUGUUGGAACUCCUGGAAGAAUACUCGAUCUUGCCAAAAGGGGUGUAUGCAUUUUGAAGGACUGUGCAAUGAUUGCUAUGGAUGAGGCUGAUAAACUUUUAUCCCCCGAGUUUCAACCUUCUGUGGAGCAACUAAUUAUGUUCCUACCUCGACAUCGACAAAUUUUGAUGUUUUCAGCUACAUUUCCAGUGACUGUCAAGGAUUUCAAAGACAGAUAUCUGCAAAAGCCUUAUAUUAUUAAUCUAAUGGAUGAGCUUACACUCAAAGGUAUAACACAAUUUUAUGCCUUUGUAGAAGAGCGGCAGAAGGUCCACUGUCUCAAUACCCUUUUCUCUAUGCUGCAAAUCAACCAAUCAAUUAUUUUUUGCAACUCUGUGCACCGAGUGGAACUGCUUGCAAAGAAAAUCACUGAUCUUGGCUAUUCCUGCUUCUAUAUCCAUGCAAAGAUGCUGCAAGAUCAUCGGAACAAAGUCUUUCAUGACUUCCGCAAUGGUUCCUGCAGGAAUCUUGUUUGUACUGAUUUAUUCACAAGAGGAAUAGACAUUCAAGCUGUCAAUGUUGUGAUUAAUUUUGACUUUCCUAAGAACUCAGAAACUUAUCUGCACAGGGUGGGCCGUUCAGGAAGAUUUGGGCAUCUUGGAUUGGCUGUAAAUUUGAUCACCUAUGAAGACCGGUUCAAUUUGUAUAAAAUUGAGCAAGAACUUGGGACUGAAAUUAAACCAAUUCCGCCCCAUAUAGAUCAAGCUAUUUACUGUCAGUAAUAAGCCAACUAAAGUAAAACCAACUAUGUGUAAGUGAGACAGGCAUCUGGUAUAUUUCUUGCACCGCUGCCACUGGCUAAAUGAAAUGCAAGCUGCUUGAUGAUGCUCAAGCUAUAAUAGAGUUUAUGAUGAUAAUUCACUGUGGUUUUAGUACCGAGAGGUGGAUUUCUCUCCUCCUAUCCCACGAUUUCUCAUGGAUGGAUAUGGAUCGGGGUGGGGAUGGAGUUGUAAAUCUUCUCAUCAAGUUGACGGUACUUCACCUUGUUUUACUUGUAGGCAAUUUCUGCACUUAUUGGAGGCAAUGGCUACUUACUCCGUGGAUCAAGAUAUAUUGGAAGCUGCAGCUUAAUUUGUAGCAGGGAUAUGAUGCUAACGUUGAUGCCCGGGUGAGUAGUGACUUGUUACAUUUAUGAGCUGUAAGUACUUGAGUAGAUAGAAUGGACAAUUACAUAUUAUAUAUGGUCUUUCUCUUCCCUGCCUAGCUUUUGUAACCUUUUUCAGUCUGUUAAGAAUGAAGUUGAGAUCCCAAUUUAUUUAUGUGAUUUUAUUGAAAUAUA